AUGCUUAGACAUCUAGCACAUUGCAUAAGAGGCCCUGCGCAGUUUGUCAAGACCCCACAGUUUUGGUCGCCCGUAAGAGCUUUUGGAGCAUCAGCUUGUGCGCUUAAUGAUGCUCGCUCUGUGAUCCCGAAUAAGACAAUGGAUACAACUCCCUUGAAACUUUCGAAUGAGCUAUACGCAAUAUUCAGAAUUCACAAUCGGCCAUACUUGGUUACUAAGGGUGAUAAAGUAUAUUUGCCCUUCAAGUUAAAGCAGGCAGAAGUUGGUGAUGUGCUUGAUCUUAAUGAUGUAACGACAAUUGGUUCUCGAAACUAUAAAAUUGUUGAUUAUCCGUUGGACCAUAGCCUAUAUACGAUAAAAGCAACGAUCCUAGAGAAAACCAAGCGUCCAAUGAAGGUGAGGGAGGUGACUAAGAGAAGAAAUAGAAAAGUCCGUCAUGCGAAGAGUAAAGCUGAUCUGACAGUGCUAAGAAUAUCUGAGCUUAAGCUUAACUAG